AGAAACCUGAAGGAUGAGAAUACAUUUGGAAUACUCUGUACUGGGAAGAAUAUUCCAGGAACAAAGAACAGCCAUGAGAACAAGAGGUGGAAAGGGGGCUUCACAUAUUCGAGGAGUAGAAGAAAAGAAACAAUGCAAACUGCCAAAAGUCAGAUUUGCUGCCAAAUGUGAAGGGGCACGGAAAAAUGUACCAAACGUUUUCCUCACUAUCAUUCACAAAAUAUUGGUUUUGGCUUAUCAGUUGUCAGGAUGGGUUAAAGAUGGAUCUGAGGUGUCCCAGACCAUUAUCUAUCUUCUCACCCCAUUUUCUAGCCCCUUCCGUGAGAAGGGAAAUCUACUGUCCAGAGUCAAGUCCUGUGAAAGUGAACAAAGGAAACCUUAUUUGAAAUGGAGUGGGGAGGCCAUAAAGGGACACUUCGUUGCAGCUUAUGGAACCAGCAGGAAGAAGGCCGUUUCUUCCCUUCUUGCCUCAGCCACAGCAACUGCCCUCUCUCUGCUCAUUGCCAAUAAGAAUCUGCCCAAACUUCAAACUCUUGCUCUCCACCAAUGGACUCCUGUUCAAAACACCCCUCCCCAUUUCCUCCUGGAACUCAAUAAUAAAACUGAUUGCCCUUUUGCCUCUUCAGACUUGCCUACGGUUUGCCAUAGUUUACAUGUCCCAAAUUGCAAUUCCUCUGUUAUUCCCAAAUAAACUCACUUGUUCU